UCUGCAGCCAAGCCAGUCGCAGAAAAACCACGCCGGAAAACGCCGAGCCCCUCGCGCCCCACGCCGGACGACGAGGUAUGCCCGGAUCCGCCAACACCGAAAUAAGUUCACUAUGUACCGACACGUGAACGCGGCCCCGAUCGCCUGCUUACCCGGACGAUGCCGUCGAACCAUACAAAGCGUCAAUCGCAGGCAGCGCCAAGUCGCGAGCAGAUUCCUCUCCCGCUUCAAGAACGCCCUCUCACCAACGCGCUGCCACCCCUCUCUCUGCGCGCCACACGUCUCGAUCACCGCACGCUCGCCGCUCUUGCACCGCGGGGGACCGCGUCGCCAAUCCCUCGCCACCCGCGUGUUCCAACGCGCCGCCCUGACCGCGCUCACGAGCCGCUACUCGACCGCCUCGUCCGAGCGAAACCCGCCCGCUGCCACCGACUCCGCCCCCUCUUAUCAAACCAACGAUGGACCAAUCGACACUCAGUCGCUCCCAACCGACAAAGACUUCUUUAACUCUCUGGUCCUCCACGACGCCCCCCCCCCCUUCGACCUCCUUGCUCCCCCCCAACCAAGGCUACGCGCGCCUCGCCGACAUCUCGAACUACGCCUAUCCCUGGGACCCGGCCCUCUAUUUCAUAGAGGGCACGUUCGAACUGCUGCAAACCGCCACCAACUUCCCCUGGUGGAUCUCGAUCUUCGCCCUCGCCGCCAUCACCAGGACCCUGCUCCUCCCCCUCGCCAUCAAACAAAUGCGCAUCACCAGCACCAUGGAACAAAUCCAACCUCAAAUCGACGCUCUCAGAAAAAAGGCACUCUAUCAAAUGACUCUAAAAACCCCCGACGGCAAAAGGGACUGGACACCAACCAUUCAAUUGCAGCAAGAAAUAACUCAACUCAUGAAAAACCACAACGUCUCGCCAUUCAGCGCUCUUAAAUUCAGCAUCCCUCAAGCCGUCUCCCUCGUCACCACCUUCAUCACCCUAAACCGCAUCGCCAGAAACCCUGAUCACGCCCUUCACCACCUCCUCCAAACCGGCGGCGACUUCUGGUUCAGAGACCUCACCCUCUGCGACCCAUACUUCAUCUUUCCAGCACUCUCCAUGUUCAGCACCGCCGGACUCAUUCUCGUCACACCAAUGCCCGGCAGAAGCACCACCUUCAUCACCUGGACCCUCAUCAUCAUCUCGGGCACCACUCUCUUCUUCACCUAUUCAUUCCCAGUCACCGUCCACCUUUUCUGGAUCGGAUCCAACACCCUCUCCAUGCUCACCACCAUCGCCCUUCGCACCAACUACGUUCGAAAACUCCUCAACUUCCCAGUCAACCCCUCCCAACUCCUCACAAAGAUCAAAACCUACGACUCCCCACCCCCCUCCUCAAUCAGGAACCGCAGCCGCCCGUCCUCUCAAACCAUGAGCUAGAAACCACACACACACCCAAUACACACACACACACACACACGCACCCCCCCCCCAAUAAACCGUCCGUCCUAUACUACCCCUCUUUUUUAUACAAGCACCUCCUCAAACGCGCGUCCACGCUCGCCCCCCCCUCCCCUCCAAGCGGAAAAACCACCGCCCUC